AUGGAUGCCGCGGGGCAGGCCACGGCCCUAGGCUCUGCACAGGAUCCUCAGGCACUCCUGGAACAUGCCAAAACAGUUAGUGCUCUUCUUGGUCGCGCAAAUAUUUUGGUUUCGCAACUAUACAAUCCGUCAGGAACGACACCAGAACAACUGAAAUUCAUUCAAGAAAGACUCCAAGAAAUCCAACGCCUACCACAAGGAUGGCAGGUAGCGGAAGGGCUCUUGGAUCACCCAGAUUCCAACACAAGAUUCUUUGGUGCCUUGACAUUUAUUGUGAAAAUAAACCAGAGCUGGUCUGACCUACCCGACGGUACGCCACAGCAACUCAAAAACCAUCUCAUCACUGGUUUCGUUGCCCUCGUGGAUGCUCGAGAGAAGUAUCAUGUUAUUCGGAAGCUCGCCGCUGCCCUUGUAGCCCUCUUCUUCAAAGAUGCGUCCUGGGCGCAUCCGCUCAGGGAUCUGGGAGUGGCUUUCAAAACGCGGGCAGUGAAUGAUUCUUCCAAUGUCGAUUUUGAAAAUACGACCUUGCCUUCAUUGAACGAAGCUCAGAUUACCGGUUUGCUCUGCUUCUCCACAGCUAUAGCGGAGGAAGCCACCAAAGCCAGUAGCCUCGUGCGAGAAAGUGGCGAUCAUCCUGUGGCAGAGAGUAUACAAGAUGCUUUCUGUCUGUUUGACUAUGUCUUGAAAGUGUUGCUUCAACAGAUAUCUGCUGGGAACGCCACUGACACAGAGGCAGGUCAUGAAGCGCUCCGGUCCUGGCAUGCUUGGCUAGAUGUUCGAGCCUCCAUCCAUUUCCGGACUCCACUUGAUCAACGGCACUUGAGUAGUCCUACUAACCGUCUUGUUCAAUGCAUAGGUAUCGCAGAGCUGUCGGAGACCGCAACAGAGAUUAUUGCUGAGAUGCUCAGAAGUGAAAGCAGUCUUCUAACAGAUGCCCACCGUCAAUAUAUUCUGGAAUAUAUGAGCGGCAAAUCUGCAGCUGAGCUAGUGCAAAGACUAAAUGAAGGAGAUUAUGACAAUGAGGCCAUGGCUUUUUGGGAUCUUCUAGAUGCAUACACCUCUACUCAGCAGGUAAAACUCGUUAGCGGGACUCUGGGCCCUAGCCAUGCCGUGAUCCUUUCGUAUUUUGAUAGGCUCUUUCAUGGGCCCGGGUAUCCUGGGGUGGAUGACAAAAUUUCGCCCCUCCUUUUGGACUGGUGGACUGCAACUGCUGAUGAUUUGCAAUAUGGUGUAGACAAUGGCCUUCAGGAGGCUCGUCUAUGCCUUGCCAACUCAGUCCUCAAUGUAUACAACCGACUAAGAUGGCCCAUGCCCGGUGAAUCCGCACAUUGGGACGCAGAUGAACGCAGCGAGUUUCACUCCUUCAGACGAGAAACGCAAGAUUUUCUUCUGUCUGCAUUUCCCACCCUGGGAAUUGAGCUAAUAGAUCUAUUUCGACAAAAAGCUGUUGCCGCUCUCAGCACAAGUGACUGGACUGAGCUCGAGACCGCCUGCUUCUGUCUCGCGCAGCUUUCUGAAGCCAUUGAUGGGGAUAAUGAGGCGGUCGCACAUUUGGACGCCAUAUUCAAUUCCGAGAGGUUUACUGUCCUGUGUAUGAAUAGCGAACAACUACCUAAUAAGCCGCGACAAACUUUGGUGGAUAUUCUUGGCAAAUAUCAAAUGUUCUUCGAGCAGAAGCCAAACCUCCUUCCUCCGGUUCUCACAUUCCUUUUUUCAUCAUUGAAUAUCAGUUCGUGCACCAACAGCGCAUCUCGAUCAAUUGGAUCUCUCAGCAAAUCAUGUCGUCAUAAACUGGUUGCGGAGCUUCCAGUCUUCCUACGGAUAUUCAGCGAAUUUCAACUAAGCACGAUUGCCACUGCUCAAAGCUUGGAACGCGUCGUUGAAGGUAUCGCGGCUAUCGUCCAGGCUCUGCCAUCUGAAGAGACGAAAGUCCCUUACAUAGAUGAAUUGCUUAGGCCUUUUUUUGUUCAAUCUGCAUCUGCGCGUGAUGAUGCACAAAGAGGAGAUGUUGAAUCAGCACAUACCCGUGGCCAUCUGGCCCUUCGAUGUAUUGCUGGCAUAGGACGGGGGCUACGAAGUGACCAGGACAGCGUCAUUGACCUCGAAAGUGAGGAGACAGCAUCCUACGACAACACGUUUUGGACAGGGCAUGGCAUACAGGAAAAACUAUGCCAAUGCUUACUAGUAUACCUCAACGAAUUCCCGUUAGAUCACGUCAUCGUCGAAGACGUGUGUGAAGUGCUCAAAGCUGGAUUUACGGAAUCAAUAGGUCCGUUUGUGUUGAAACCUGCCAACAUAGCACUUUUCCUAACGGGUAUUCCACUGGGAACUGCGGGAGCUGCCGAUGUUAUGAUGAGCACAGCAUCAUCUUUCCUAGCCUCAUACCAGAAAACCCCAGCAAAGGUCCAAGAAGAAGCCGCUCUCCUAUUCAUACAUGUUUAUUGGGCCUUCUCGGUCAUGAUACACCAUCCAGAAAACAAUGACCCCGAAGUAUCCAACAGCGGUAUCGCAUUUCUAACUAGAUCAUUACCAAAAUAUCACGAAAUUCUCUUUGCAUUAACGUCCACACCACCUCCGCCCGCAUCACAUAUCGCCACUCUCCUCGAUACCCAAACCUAUACCCCCAUUCUCCAAACAAUUCUCAACUUCGUCACAACCGCUCUAGGCGGUAAAGAGCCUUUGCCACUACGGUCCGCCGCGCAGUUCUGGGUCGGUGUUCUCAACCUGUCCAAUAGCACCAACACCCACACAAACGCCUCUCGCGCCAUUCACGAGUAUCUGCCUAAUCUCUGUCAUGUACUAGUCACCCAAGUGAGCGGCGUGUGCGCGCGGUCAGAUAUCAACCAUCUAUGCGAAGUGUUGAAAAAGAUUGUCUUCAAAUUCCAGGGCGAGGCCCGGCCUCACCUCUCAGCAUCCCUAGCAUCAAUCCCAGGGCCAAAUGAUCAAUCUGCUUCUAACGGCAUCGCAUUGUCGUUGUCCAAGGAGAAGGAGAGGUUUCUAGCCAUGCUGAUAGGAGCAAGAGGUGGGUCGGCCACGCAGGAAGUUGUUCGUUCGUAUUGGGUGAGUUGUCGCGGUGCAGGGUUCGCUUAUACUUGA